AUGCUGGGCAAAGCCAUCAAGAGAGGAGUCGCAGAAGGAGUCUGGAGUCGAGAGGAUCUGAUAAUCACUACUAAGAUCUUCGCGGACACCAAGUCCGGCCCGAACGCCGCGGGAGUGAACCGCAAACACGUGAUCGAGGGGACAAAGGCGUCGCUGAAGCGCUUAGACCAGGACUAUGUGGACGUGAUCUUCUGCCACCGCUCGGACCCGAACACUCCAAUUGAGGAGACCGUCCGAGCCAUGAACUUUGUGAUUGAGCAAGGUUGGGCAUUCUACUGGGGGGCCAGUGAAUGGAGCUCCGCUCACAUCAUCGAGGCGUGUGAGAUCGCUGACCGAUUGGGAUUGAUCCGACCGGUUGUUGAACAACCGCAGUACAACAUCUUGGAACGGUCCCGUGUGGACUUCGACUUGGUCAAUUUGUACCAGAAGUACAAAUUGGGUCUCACAACGUGGUCGCCGCUGUCAAUGGGGAUUUUGACCGGCAAGUACAGCAACGGUAAGCCUGGCGGUUCUCGCUAUACGUCACCUAUGUUCAAAGAAGGGUGGUUAGCUGAAUGGUUCGCGGAGAAUGUGGAGAUUGCUGGCAAAUUGAUACCGAUCGCGGAGGAGUUGGGAUGCUCCUCGGCGCAGAUGUCGAUCGCGUGGGCCGUAUCGAAUGAGAAUGUGUCGACAGUGCUUUUGGGAGCUAGUCGCCCAGAGCAACUGGAGGAAACGCUGAAGGCGAUCGAAGUCGAAAGCAAAAUCACACCCGAGCUGAAGGAGAAGAUUGACGGCAUCGUGAAGUUCGUGCCGAAGCUGCCUGAGGUCGACCCACUCGCUCUUACGCGCAGUCGCUACCUGUAA